GCAGAGGCUGCUGGGAGAAUCUUGCUGCGCUGGAGACAUUUUAGAUUUAAAGGGGCUGAGCUAGCUGUAAGUCCUAGCUCUCGGUUUCCCUGAGCUACAUAGAAGAUGUCCACAAUGGUUUAUCCACGGGAAGAGAAGCUCGAGAAGCUCUCUCAGGAGGAGAUCAUCUCCAACACGAAGCUAGUGAUCCAGGGUCUGGAGGCCCUGAAGAACGAGCACAACUCCAUCCUCCACAGCCUCCUGGAGACCAUCAAGUGCCUAAAGAAGGAUGAAGAAGCCAACCUGGUGCAUGAGAAGUCCAACCUGCUCCGCAAGUCAGUGGAGAUGAUAGAACUGGGCCUGGGAGAAGCACAGGUGAUGAUGGCUCUGUCCAACCACCUGAACGCGGUGGAGUCAGAGAAGCAGAAGCUGCGUGCGCAGGUCAGAAGGCUUUGUCAGGAAAACCAGUGGCUGCGGGACGAGCUGGCCAACACCCAGCAGAAGCUACAGAAGAGUGAGCAGAGCGUGGCCCAGCUGGAAGAGGAGAAGAAACACCUGGAGUUCAUGAACCAGCUCAAAAAAUAUGACGAAGAUGUCUCACCCACUCAGGAGGAGAAGGAUCGAGAAACACAGAAGGACUCCCUGGAUGACCUCUUCCCCAAUGAUGAUGAGGAGCAUGGCCAAGGAACGCAUCAGCAACGCAACAGUGCAGCCAUGGCUGCAGCACAGCAGGGAGGCUAUGAGAUCCCAGCCCGUCUGAGAACCCUGCACAACCUGGUGAUCCAGUAUGCCUCCCAGGGCAGGUACGAGGUGGCUGUCCCCCUCUGCAAGCAAGCUCUGGAAGACCUGGAGAAAACCUCUGGACAUGACCACCCUGACGUGGCAACCAUGCUCAACAUCCUGGCCUUAGUCUAUAGGGAUCAAAACAAAUACAAAGAGGCUGCCCAUCUGCUCAAUGAUGCUCUCUCCAUCAGGGAGAAAACCCUGGGCAAGGACCAUCCUGCUGUUGCUGCAACGCUGAACAACUUGGCUGUGCUGUAUGGAAAGAGGGGGAAGUACAAGGAGGCUGAGCCUCUGUGUAAGAGGGCUCUGGAGAUCAGAGAAAAGGUCCUGGGGAAGGACCACCCAGAUGUGGCCAAACAGCUAAACAACCUGGCUCUGCUGUGUCAGAACCAGGGUAAGUAUGAAGAGGUGGAGUACUACUACUGUCGUGCCCUGGAGAUCUAUGAACGCAAGCUUGGCCCAGAUGAUCCCAAUGUGGCCAAAACCAAGAAUAACCUGGCGUCCUGCUUUCUCAAGCAGGGGAAAUACAAGGAGGCUGAGAUUCUCUACAAAGAGAUUCUGACUCGUGCUCAUGAGAAAGAGUUUGGAUCUGUUGAUGCUGAGAACAAGCCCAUCUGGAUGCAUGCAGAGGAAAGAGAGGAAAUGAGCAAGGGCAAGCACAGAGACAACACUCCAUAUGGAGAGUAUGGAGGCUGGUACAAGGCCUGCAAAGUCAACAGCCCUACAGUGAACACCACCCUGAGAAACUUGGGAGCCCUGUACCGCCGACAGGGCAAGCUAGAGGCUGCUGAGACCCUGGAGGAAUGCGCCACAAGGUCUCGCAAGCAGAGCAACACAGGCAUUGACCCCAUUCAACAGACUCGUGUGGUGGAGCUCUUGAAGGAUACAGAAGGCGACAGGCGGAGGAGCAGGGACAGUCUGACCAGCGUUAAGUAUGAGAGCGGCUCUGAGACUGGCGAGGAAGUGAGUAUGGGCGUGGAGUGGAAUGGGGCCUAAGCCAUCAAGAUUAUUCCUCCAUCCUUCUCUUCUUCCCCAACACAAUAGCAAAAGGAUGUGUGUUGUCGUUCCCUCUGGCCUUCUCUGUCCCAACAAACCAACAGCUCUUCUACCAUUCCCGGUGUCGCCUCCAGCAGAGACUCAGAAAGCCCCCUCCUGGCUGUCACCUCUGUCCCGUGUUCAGCUGCCAACUGCUGGGACGUUUGGUCUUCUCAUCUCUUACCUGUUUUUUCUCUCUCUAUCUUUUUCUUCUCACUAACCCUAUGUCGUCCACUAUGUCCAAAAUCGUUGCUUCAGGUCUUUCUCUCACUUACCAUUAAAACAGUCACUGUGUGUGUGUGUAAUCUUUCCCUGUGAGGAAAUCACUCGCACAUUUUUCCUCAAUCCAACACACACAUUUUUAUAUGUGCAGAUAGUAGAUGUAUUUGAGUAGAAAGUUGGAAAUGUGAUUUAUUGGAAGAAGGCUGAACAUACAGAUUAAAUGCUGAAAGAUUUUCAGUGGCACCUUUUGACAGCAGCCUAGGCUUUAAAAUUACUGAUACCAUAAAUUGAGCAAUAUACAAAAUAAUGAAUUCCCACACUUGCUGAGUUUGAGUGAACCUUGACCUCAAAGCUCACUUCUAUUCUAGUGCCUGUAUUUAGCCAUAUCAAUUUUUUUCUUGCCAUUAUGUGUGUUUUCAGUUCAAACUAAUGCCUAAUAUCAAAUGUUAAACAGGUUUGACAUGGUACUGUAACGUUGCACAUGCUAAUCAAGAUAUUUACAAUCAUUUCUUUUUAAAAUCUUUAGCCUAGUUGGCAGGAAAUGACAAGGGAAGAUUGUCAGUUUUGUUUUUAUAGAGCUUUUUCUUAUUCAUUUUCAUUUUUGUGACUUUGUUUACAUUUUUGUAACUGCUUUUUGGUGACUUUGUGGCUGAAUAUUAAGGCAGUAGUACAUCAGCUGUGCCAUAGUGUUACCUGUUGUGAAUACUAGAGAUCACAUCAUCAUUUAGGACAAAGCAGACAGCAAACUGGUCCGAUCACAGCAGGCUGUUGUCACCAUAGUGAUUUAUUUUCAAGUUGCUCUUACUGGCUUCAGUGUCCUUGGUUUCAUAGAAUGUUCACACAGGCUCUGCGCUGCACAGUAUGUACACAGUAUCACAAUUACAAAGGGAAUGAGAAUUAAUAUCGCCUGAUGCUGUAAAGCCAGCAUGAUGGCAGAGACCAGCCUGAGCAUCCAGCACAGGUACUGGCCAUCUGGGAGAUAGCUAAAUAACAAUAGAUUUAAAAAUAAGGGACAUAAAUGCCUAGAAUUGCCUUUAUCUGAUAGUGUAGUAGUAGUAGUAGUAGUAGUAGUAGUUAUAAUUCAGUGGAAGCCUGGAUUCCACAGUAGUUUUAGUGUGUAUUUGUGUAUGUUUUGGUGGUACAGUCAUAGUGCACAGACGGCUCUGGCUAUGGAUACUGUAUUUUGAACAAAAGAAGUUUAAAUGGAAUAUGUUGCUUUUUUCUUACACAGUUGUUUGCCAGUAAACAUUGUCACUUGGGUGAACUAUGUUUUUAGACACCAAAAGUACAGUGCAAGUGUUUCCCCAAGGUCAACAUGUAAUUUCAGAUGUUUCACUAACUGAAUGUCAAAUGACUUUAACAUCUCAGAAGUGUAAUUGCCGGCUGUGUUUAUAGAUUCAACAAGUGCAUUCACUAUAUGGCUUUUUAGUAUGCUACUUGCCUUGAUUCUUCAUUCCUUCCAGUGAAUAUAUCUAUACUUCUAAUGCAAACAUGAACAAAGAAUGAGCUCUGUUCAUGUCAUAAUUAUGACAAUAUGUGUUAGUGGAAUGCUUAUUUAUUGAACUGUCUAUUCUUAACAUAUAUAGUGUCUUCAGUUUCCUUAAGUGGAAGAACAUAAAUGGUAAAGUCUAUAAGCACUAUCUUAGUAAGUAGGACAGCGUUAUAUUUACCAUAUUGCAUUGUGAUGACUAUUGCAUCAACACUUGUUAGUAUUCUCAAAUAAAGUUUUUCAUUUGUGACAUUCUGUCUUUUCUCUAUAUCGGAUGAAGACCUUAAUUUGUCAUCAGUGGAAGCAGAUUCUUGUAUGUGUCUUUCAUUUCCAGUGGUGGCUGCAGAGCCACUCAGCUGCAUCACCCCCCAGCCGGUGAUCAGUCUGUGUCGCAACAUGAUGAUCACAUCUCAAACACUGUGUAUACAGAAUAUUGAUAUGGGAACCACCUAGUUCAGAAGAUGGUGCACAUACUAUGUGUACUGGUUGUUAAUGUAAGACUGAAUCGAUGGAUAACUGUUACAUUUAGUAUCAGCUAAUUUGUCAGUGAAUUUCCUGGUGUUUGAUUGAUUAGUCAUUUGGUCUGUAAAAUGUCAGAAUACAUGGCCAGUGUCCAUCAUAAUAUCCUAAGAUGACAUCUCAAAGUCAUUUUAGGUUUCCAGAACCUAUAAAUAGGCAGUUUAGGUUUAAAAAAAAGAGAAGAUAAAACUGCAUAUUCUCCCAAUAAAUAUAGUGAAUCCAAGUCAUGUCAUGACCUCAGUCAUCAUAUUGUUAUUGUGCUGUUGUUUUGUCCUGAUUGGACUGGGUAUGAUGUCCCACCUGAUAUCAGUUUGAAGGAUAUAUAUGUAUAUUUAUCAGGUCAGAGUAUAAGCUGUAAAUACCUGAUGGAGACUUAAUGUCUAAACGUGGCAGCUUGGCCUAAAUAAAAAUAAUUUUGUGGAGUAUCAAAUCAGUCUGUGGGCUAUAAUCUUAUUACUCCUUGGCCUACACACCUGGUGCAAAGACGUUUGUUUUUGGGAGGUGCACACAGUUUUCUUAACGUAUUUAUAAAAGUCAGAUCUGCCAUUUUUGCUUUAAAAAUCUUUUUAAAACGAAUAGCAGCCUAUUAUUUUUAUUUUCAGUAAUCAUUUAAGUUCCUGCCAAUGAAAAAUAUGACACAACACAACCACUGGCCCACAGUGACACCCUCACAUCAGUAACCUUGCUUGAUGAAUGUGUGUGUGCAGCUGUGCAAGUGUGGCAUAAUUACAGUACAGCAUUUUGUUUCAUGGUUACAGGAUGAUAAUAAUAGUGAAAAUUAUGUUGACAGUUUACUUAUCAGAAAACAUAUUAACAUUGUACAUAUGUACAAAAUAUACAGGCUGUUUUACAUAUAGGCCCCAUUGUUGGAACUAAAUGAUCAAACUGUUUGGCUGCACCCACUGGCCAACACAACCUGUGCAAAACACCAACAAACAUGUCUGCAAAAGUUCAGAAAAAUGAGAAAACAAUUUGAAGUGCUGAAUUUCUGCACUGUCGGUGCAGAAUGGAUGGGUUGAUGAGCGUGUGUGUGUCUGCAGGAUGGCAGUGGGGCUCUCCAGCGCAGUAGCUCUUUGGGGAAGAUCCGAGAUGUUUUGCGUCGCAGCAGCGAGAUGCUGGUGAAGAAACUGCAA